GUCACAUGGGAACCGCCAUCUCGGCGCUUCUUUAUGAGUCCGAGGCCCUCGCUCGGGGGUCUUCUUCUGUGUCCCGAACCGCGGAACCCCUCCGACUCCUUUCGGCUGGGAAAACAAAACCACUUCCGCAUCCCACCCGCGCUGCCCCGGGUCUCGUGCUGAUGGAUGACGCACCCUCACAGAGGCAAUUGAAGCAGAAACAGUCCAGCAGAGAUCGCGAACCAGAGCACAACAUGUCGAGGCUCUCACCGUCACUGAAGGCCCUCAUUAACGCGCCCUUUGCGCGCCCCGGCCAGACCCCAGCGCCGUCGCACAUCCGGGAAGUUUACCAGACCAUUGCGCGCGAUGCGGCCUCAAAAAACGUCGGCACAAAGCCAUGGCUGGCGAUAUCGGCCGCAGCUACAUUCACUAUGAACUCUCCCGAAUCCCUCGAGUCUCUCUACAACGUCGCGUCGUCUUCCGGCCGGCCGGACAAGCGCGAGACGGCCGAGUUCAUCCGCGAGAUCGGCCUCAAGUGCAUCAGCUUCAACGGCAUCCCGCGCACCAUCAACUGCCUGAACGCAUUCUACGCCAGCCUCCCCAAAGAUGUGGCCGCGCAGCUGGAGACGAAGCCGACGCGCACGCCCGACGCGCAGAACAUUGGCGACAUCACUGCCCGCGGCCAGGCACUCUGGGACUCCAUAUACGCGCCUUUCGAGGUCAAGUUGUACGAGAAACUGGCGCAGUCGCACCCCGACUUGCCGGUGCACAUCCUGAACAGCCACUACGCAGGGCUGUUGUCGGAUCCCAAGGAGCGCGGCGGCUUGGCGAGCGUAGGGAGAGUCCUGACAUCCGUCGUUGCCAUCUCGUGUUUGAGGGCACAGUCGGGCGUCGGCCCGCAGGUGCUGUCGCACGUCUUCGGACUGAGGAAGGGGCUGGAAGACGGCACGUUCAAGGCGGACAGCCAGGAUGACAUCCAGGGCGCACAGUGGCUGGCGAGCGACGAGGGCAGCGAGUGGAUUCUGAACUCGGUUGAUACCAUCACGGAGGCGAUUGGCGGGGCGGCGAGGACCAACUUUGCGCCCGCGCGUGAGUCCAAGUUGUAGAGCAACGAGGGUCUUGUGUUGGUUUACGAACGAGAUGUAAAAUACCGGGGUUCGGAACUGGAGCAUCCCAAGCCUGUUAUCGUGCGGAAAUGCAAUAAAUGGAG